AUGGCCAAUGUGCAUAGCAUGUUUAGCAGAACAAAACAAAAAAAUGGUUUUAAUCAGUGGUUAAUACAUGUAGAGUUUAUUUGUUCUCAUCAAAAAUGUAGAGAGAAUGCCUUAGCCUUCUCACUACUAGAAAUAGCACCCAAUCGUUAUCAUCGCCACACCCGUACACCACAUCACAAGAUUUUACAAAUCGUGGACUGCCCCACUAUUACGCCAUCAGUUCUAAUGCAGCUCAAAAUCAAACAGCUCCAGAAACAGAAACAGGAACAAAAGCUGGCAGGGGCCACUUCCACAACACACACUAAGGUGAGUGCAGCUCACAUUAGACUACAAAAGGACAUUACAGAGCUCGAGUUGCCACAAACAAUCAAGAUCGAUUUCCCCAACCCUGCCAACUUGUUCCAGUUCAAUAUCGCCAUCCGGCCAUCGGAGGGCUACUACAAGUCAGGAACAUUCCGUUUUACAGUGGACAUUGGUGAGAACUUCCCUAUUGAUCCACCACGUAUCAAAUGCACCCAGAAAAUUUACCAUCCAAAUAUAGAUUUGGAGGGCAAUGUGUGUCUCAAUAUCUUGCGGGAGGAUUGGUCUCCUGUUUUGUCGCUCAACUCUGUGUUGCUUGGAUUGAACUUUCUUUUCUUGGAGCCCAACCCCAAUGAUCCUUUGAACAAAGAUGCUGCCAAUAUGCUCGUGAAGAACAAUCCUGUAUUCACACGUAAUGUCCGUCUGGCCAUGAAGGGACUAUAUUUUGACGGAGAGCAGUACGAUCGUGUUGUGUAA